AUGAGCGGCCUCAUCCUCAAAUCCGAGGUUCCGUGCGUGGUGUGUGGGGAUCGAGCAUCGGGCCGCCACUACGGCGUGCUGUCGUGCGACGGAUGCCGCGGCUUCUUCAAGCGCUCGAUCCGGCGCAAUCUCGUCUACAGCUGCAAGGAGGGCGGCGCGUGCGUGGUGGACGUGGUGCGCCGGAAUCAGUGUCAGGCUUGCCGCUUUUCGAAAUGCCUGGAUAUGAAGAUGAAUCGGCACGCCGUCCAAAACGAGCGCUCCAUCUGCCCGCCGAAGCGGAAAAGCGGCGAUUUUCUGAUGGAAGAAGUCCCCUACACGAUGGUGACGGUGGCUACAAAUUUGACGAAAGAGCCGAAGAGCAAAGAGACAGGCUUCACGAUCCGUCAGCUGUUGUCGGUCGUAGGGACGUCUACAGUACCCCAAUCUGUCGCCCUGCUCGCCUCCGUCGUCCGCUGGUGCGCCGUCGUCCCGCCCAUCUCCCAGCUGAACGCCCAGGACAAGCGGGUGCUAUUUUACAACUCGUGGCACUCGCUCUUCCUCGCCCACAUUAUGCAGAAGACGGGCAAGACGAAGCUGACCGAGCUGCCGGCCAAUGAACGGAUACGACUACUCGGCAAAACGGUGGCCGAUCUCGGGCUCAGCGCUCUCGAGCAGUGGACCAUCACGACGAUUAUCAUGUUUCGGGCUGAAGAUGGACGCUUCGAAGAGCCGCACAUCAUCAAAAACAUACAACAUCAGGCGACCGCCCUGUUCCUCGAGACGACAAAACAAGACCCAAGUCGACAAGCACAAAUUGUGGCGCUACUGACGAAUAUUACAGCAAUAAACGCCGACGAGGUGCGAAAAACGUUUUUCGCGGCCCAAUCGCUCGUGGAGCUCGAGCACAUUUGUCGGACGCAGAUCACGCUGCGGGGCGAGUUCCUCGGCCACGAUGCCAACGACGUCGUCAUGCUGUUCAUCUGCGGCACCGAUUGCCUGCAUUCUGUAAACCUCGAUCAACUGCGCGCUGGGCUCGUCAACCUCGACCGCGAGAAGCUGAGCGAGGUGAAGAAGACGGAAGAAAUGCACAAGGCCAACCUGUACUCCCUGAUCUCGUGCGUCGACUCCCUUGCCGCCCUCCACGUCGAAUUGGCCAAGGCGAAGGAGACGGGCGAGUUCGCCGUCAUCAAGCAGAUUGCCACCCAGAUCAAAGACGCUCGCUCCGAAGCCGAGACGGUGUUCAAGGACGUGCUCGCCCGCAAGGACAAGGCCGACUCGACGCGGAAUGCCCUCUCCGUGCUCACUCGCUUCAAGUUCAUCUUCUUCCUCAACAAGUCCAUCGACGAGAAUAUGGCCAAGGGUGAAUAUUCUACAAUUCUCAACGACUACAUGAGAGCUCGAUCUUUGGUGGCCGAGACGGACGUGCCGUUGUUUAAAGAAGUGAUGGCCGGCGUCGACAAGAAGAUGGCGCACUUCAAGAAAGAUCUGACGACCCGCCUCAUCGACUCUCAGCUCAACUACGAGGAGCAGAGCAAGAUGAUCAAGUACUUGAAGAUCCUUGACCCGGACUCGGAUCCUCUAUGGCACUGCAUCACUUCCUCGCACCAACACCUUGACACGAUUCUCUGGAAUCUCCAGAAGAAUCACCACGAAAAAGCAAUGGCCGACGAGAAGCAGCGAAGUAACGGCCGUUUCUUGAUUGUCGAGACGAACCAUCGGCAAGUAUUCAUCACGGAGACCGUCUCGAACUUGAUGGCCAAGCUGCAGCGCUUCUGGAAACUCGUGACGAACUACACGAGCAGCGACGAUCGCUCGGCCCAGACGCACGAGGACGUCAAUCAAAUGCUGAUCGGGACGAUCAACGUCUCCUCGUGGCUUCUCCUGAACGCGCUCGUGCCCGACUCGUUACCGGACGAGGUGAUGAAGAAGUACGGCGACCAGUUCGUCGUCUGGCCCAAGGCCACCAAGGAAAUCGAGCGGAACACGCUGUUUCAAUCCUUGAAGGCGCUACGGGGCCUCGUCUCAUUCUUGCUGGAGUGCCAGUUCACCUCGCAGCACGUGCAACCCCUGACGGAGUUGUGUAUGACGGUCCGGCUGAAGGCCGUCUCCAACAUUGUCGACAAGGGCGUUAAUGCCAUCGCCGACCUGUCGAAGAAAGAGAACUGGCAGCAGCGCGAGUUCAUCUCCAAGGGCGUCUGCAAGACGGGGCUGCCGGAUGUGUUCGAAAAUGAGUUGAUGUACAGUGGUAAUUACGUCUUUAGCUUUCGGCGCAGCAUCAUCGACGUGUUCGCCGGGUUGAUCGUGUCGGUGCGCGGCUGCUUCAACACGUUGCUCGACCUGAAGGGCGACCGGCGACCCAACCAGCUCGACCUCGACGGCAAGGAGAACCGGCAGCAAGAGGGCGAAAGGAGGGGCCAGAUGACGAUCAAGAAGUUGUUGAUCUCGAUCUGCAACGUCGAAUACAUUGCCGACACAUCGCUGAAGAAUAUCGGCCGUCGGAUGGAGGAGAACGGCGUCAAAUACGCUGAUGUUAUACUCGAGAACGCGCGAUCUCGGCUGAUGGAAUACCGACAGCGCCUCGUGUCCAUCUACAACCAAAUCAAAUGCGCCAACUUCCAGACCCUCAUCCGAUCCGCCAACUACGACUAUUUGCCGGAUGAAGACAUCUCCGAUUUCGCGAAGGAGAUCAUCAUGUGCUGCGUGUUGGAGCAGGCCGAGCUCGAGGUGAACGCGCCGCAACUAACACAGGAAUGCCUGCAGCACGCCGUGCAGUACGCCUUCCAGCAGCUGAUCAUGCAUCUGAAAGACCACCCGCCUCGUGACGUCGACUCGACGACGCAGUGCGUCAUCGACAUGUCCGGGCUGGAGCAGGCGCUCGGGCCGUUUCUCAGCCUCGACACGCGCACCAUCCUCAACGCGCACCGCGCCCAGCUCGUCGAACAUUUGGAUCAGGGAAAACUGCAACGCUGCAUGAACAACCUGCGCGACUCGCUGCGGAUCGCCCUGGAAAGUCUGGAAGCCAGCGGCCGCGACGACCUCAACGCGUCUAACAUU